GAAGCAAUGAGUUUAAAACCCUUCACCUACCCGUUCCCAGAGACGAGGUUUCUUCAUACAGGACUCAAUGUGUACAAAUUCAAAAUCAGAUAUGGCAACAGCAUAAGGCGAGAAGAGAUCGAAAAUAAGGAAGUUGUCAUCCGGCAGCUGGAGGAUUCUAUUCGUGUGGUCUUGGGAAACAUGGACAAUCUGCAGCCGUUUGUUACAGAACACUUCAUCAUAUUUCCCUAUAAAAGCCAGUGGGAGAGCGUUUCCCAUCUGAAAUUUAAGCACGGGGAGCUUGUCUUGGCCCCUUACCCUUUUGUUUUCACUCUCUACGUGGAGAUGAAAUGGUUUCAUGAGAACCCACCACCUGGUAAACCCGGAAGCGACAGUGCGCUCGGAUUGGUGGGAGCAGAGAGGAAGUGGGCAGGAGCCAUGAGGAGGAAACGAAGCCACAUGGAAGUGUCCGGGACCCCGAUGCCGUCGUCGGGGCUGGAAAGCUCUAGGGUCAAGGCGGAGAUGUCCAGCCAAUACCCCAGCAAGAGGAAGACCCCCAUGAAAAGCAGGCGGAACAGGGAACGAAGAACCCAUCAGGAAUGGCCAAAGACCCCAGCACUGGAGAGCACCGAUGUCCCGGAGCAGGGUUCUAAGUCGGGAGACAGCCUGGCAGAGAAGACAGCUCCCUUGCCACAGCUGGACAGCCCGCCUCCCCCUAGUGACCCUCCAGAGCUGGGGCCCACCGGCUUCUUUGGGUUUCUGAGCUCGCUCUUCCCAUUCCGCUAUUUCUUCCGAAAGGACAGCCAGUGAGCCUUCUGAAUGCAGCCGUGGACCCAGGUGGACCCACCGCAGCCUGCCCUAGUCCAUCCCCCUCCCUCCCCCUAGAACAGCCCACCAUGGGGGAUGAGACCCAAACAGCUGUCCUCUUGUGGGCUGUCCCCACCCCUGCCCCUUGGUCAUCACUUGCUUUUCCCAAUUUGAACACUGAAUAAAGAG